ACUGGUGGUCUGUCAGAAUAGUUUGAACAAUGUAAGACAUUUUAACGUGGACUCGUUUGUUCCUGACUGUGUUGUCUUCUCUUGUCGAUGUUUUCAUGAAGCCGAGAGCUCAGAAAGGAAAAGCGGCGGAGAAGGUUGUUCACCCGUACAGCAGGAAAGCUGCUUACCUGGCCCGAGAGGAAAUCAGACUGAAGAAGAAAGAUAGACAGAGGAAUGACAAAGCAACACGUCUAAGCAGCAUCGGUGAGAAGCUGUUGUGGUUUCAGGAACAGCUGGAUCCAGAAAAAACAGCUUACACAAGGAAAGAUGCCUGUGACAUCAUUGAAAGGCACCUCCAAAGGUUUGAUUCUGAACUUGAGCAGAUUGAGCUGAUGAACGGGAUCAAAGGUCGACAGGGUCGUCUCCAUGGUGCCAGAGAGGCUGUCAUCAAACAGACCAUCGAGCGAGAGCGUGCCCAAUAUGAGGGCAUAGGAUUUGAGAUCCCAGACAUUAUCAAUGCAAAACAUCUGAAAACAUUCAGGGAAUGGACUGGUGAUUUGAAGAAACUUCCAAAUAUCAAACUGCGAAAGGUUUCUAAAAAAGAUUUGGACACAAAGACUGAAGAGGAGGAGAAACGGGACAACGAAGAGGACGAAGAUGACUUGGAUGAAGAGCAGCUGGACGACAAUGUGCUGAUGUCAGACUGAGGCCGGCAUUGAAACAUAGCUGAACAUCAGACCGGCCUUCAGCAGAGACUUUUCAACAAAACAUUGUGAUGUUGGAUAUAAGCUGCUACUCCAGAACCGUCCUGAAGGACGCACCACACUGUCAGAAACGGAGAGCUAAAGUCUAUUCAGUCAUUUUGAUGCUCAGUAACUUCACACCAGCCUGUGAGGGGGAGGGGGGGUCUACAUUCAUUGUUUAUUGCACAACAAGUUUGCAUUAUAUGUAACCUGAAUCCAUUUGUAUCCAAUCAGAGUUUAAAAAAAGGAGUUUGACAAAGAUGUUUGGGUGCUCUUGAGUUUGGUGGACACGAAGAAGAGAAAAAUUAGUUUUUGUGACAUAAAUUUGACAUUGGUCUAAAAACUUUGAUUACAUGGUGUGUAUAAAUAUCAGGACCCGGCAGACAGGACCACAUAAAGCUGGAAACUGUUCAAAUAUAACCUCAGAAAUAUCUGGGCUACUUAACAUUUGCUAUUUUAAGAAAUAUUCAACAUUUUCCUGUGACAAUACAUAAAUUCAUCUUUUUGAAAACAUAACAUGUUCCAUUUCAGACUGAGCUAAAGAUAAUGUUUAAAUACAUUUUUCUCUAUUAGUCAUUUCUGACUCUUUGGUGUCUGAAGACCUGAUUGUCCAGAUGGAAGGUUAAGGCCUCAGUAUGCUUCAAAUAAAAGUGCUUGUUGGAUUGUCAAA